GGCAAGAGUGGUAAGCGAGUGUCGAAGAAGAGACAGAAGCUACUUACGUACACAGAUGUUGAUGAAGUUGAAGGAACACGACUGGAGAAGCCCAGCAGGAAGAAGCGCACAUCACCGAAGUUAAGGCAACCAAGAGAGCUGCAUCCUCAACGACGACGUCAAUGACUCAUCCUUGGUAAUGAUUUUCCUAACGGGAAACAAACGGCCCUUUUUUUUCACUUGAAAAAUCGAGACUCACAGCUCGCCAAGGAUCGAUGCAAUCGCGAAGAUUGAUGCAAAACUAUUAUCAUAUUAUAGCUCUAACGAAGAGCAGGACCUGCACCUUCUCAACAACCUCAAAUUUUGAGGAAGGUAAGCCGAGGAAGCGAGUCUCCAAGGCUGCGUUACUGGGUGAUGAGGACUAUGACGACGAGAACGAAAAACCGAACGACAAAGAGGAUAACUACGAGAAGGCGGUGAUUUUGUUUUUUGAUGAGGGCGAUGACGGGGGAAGCGACUCGGUUUCGGACGGCUGUGGGGUGACCCUAUGUCUGGCAACUGUCAUUUUGGCCACCUGCCUGCAGUACGUUUCGCUCGGGUGGCAGAUUUACGAAGCUGUACGCAGCAAGAUGGAAGCCAAUGCGCAUGCGUCAGCCUCUCAGCAUCUCUCUUAUGGGAGGUCAUACAUCUCUUAUUCUUAAACUCGUAGUACUAUGUCGUCUCCCAUUUUUGCAAUAGGUCUCUUAUUAAAUCCAUUGCCACAGAAUGAAGACAAGAAGAAAUAGAGAUCCACCAGAUGAUUCCUGGCAUCAUGGAUUUCCUAAGUCUCAGACCACACACUAAGUCUCAGACCACAAGGCCGCUCCAGAGGUGGCUGCCAUGAUUAAGAACUUUUCGGAGGCAAGCACCUACAAGACAACUUUGGGAAUGAUUAUUGUGGCCAGCUCCGUUCUGGGUAUUUUCUUCUGCACUACAAUGAUUACGGCAAGAACAACCGAGAAAGCAUCUUCCUUCUUGAGAGGCAUAUCCUUGGACACUUCUACUUUUUCAAGGGUGAGAAGAAGAGUCAUCCGACUCCAAGGAAAAGGAUAUGCUGACUCUGCUCAAGGAGGAUGCCUCUCAAGGAAAAUGCGCCUCUAAGAUGACGGGCUGCGGAUGCUUCUGUUCUUGCAAGAACUGGGUAAGACCAUUCGAGGGGUUUUUCGGCAUUAUCUUCACAUGGGUAGCUAUUGGCGUUAACCUCGUACUCAUUGCCGUGGCUUGGGUCCGCAUGUCGUCGUGGGAUGCUUAAGGCUACUUACUUACAUAAGUAUAUUCUUUCAUCUUGUCAAGAUGCAUCUUUGGCGUGUUUUUAAGGGGAAACUCAUAGAUUCUCUUGUCCUUUUUCUAGUUUUUGUUUUUUCUCUUUCUAGUUAGGUCGUGCUCCACCACAAUUUUUAAAGAUGCGCUCCAAGAUGAAGAAGGUGAACAAUAUUGGUAUUGGUAUUGGUAACAAGGUCCUCGUCUAAGAUGCGGCAGUGAAAAAGAAAGCAGAGAAAACGGGCGAGACCAACGUGGAAGGCGAAGCAAUUACUGGGACGAUCCUUAUCGCCGGGAGCAGUGGUCUUUGCAUUGUGGGCCUGCUCGCUGGGUUUCUCCUCAAAUGCUGUUGCCGCAGCGAAAAGAAACAAAAAUUAGGCGACUACGGGUCCACUUCGACGUCUUCGCAAGAUAAAUAACUGGAAAGAAGCACCGGGGGUAGACUAGGAGCACUACUCGAGAUGCGAGAAGUGUUGAAAAAUGAUUUCGGAGCAUAUAACUUCUAAGGCAGUCCUCGCAGUGGUUGUUGGGGGAUGACCUCCAUUCGAGACGCAAAUGAAUGAAUAAUGGCAGCUAGGGCUUGGAGAAAGACGCAGAAGAGGAUACAACAGAAGAACAUUCUUGUGCUUCGUUUUUACUUCUAAGUACGCAUAUUUAUUAGGCUUCUCUUACGAGAAGUGCGACCUCUCAUCUUAGUCACAUUUUACGUCUGAGGAAGCGGGGACGAGAAGAUACAACUACAGAUCAUGGACGUACCAGAAUACGCAUGAUCCACAUAGAACGAUUGCGUCAUUUCUCGUACUCAGAUACAAGGCAGUGAAAAAGAUACUUGAGCUGCUAUGUUGCAAAAACCAAUUAUGCGGCUUUCAUGUUAUAAUUUCAUUUUUUUUUAGCACACACACACAGACAUAUUUAUGAACUUAAUACAAAACUUCAAUGAUUGUUACUGUUAGCAAGGACUACAACAGUUGGCAAGGAUGUGGAACUGGGCAUAAAUAAGUAAAAGUAAGUACCUAGUAAGUAACUAACUCACUAACUAACCAGCUAACUAACUAACUAACUAACCAGCUAACUAACUAAAUAACUAACUAACUAACUAACUAACUAACUAACUAACUAACUAACUAACUAACUAAGACUAACUACUUAGCUAGAGAGGAACUAAACUUCUUUUAUCAAAUUACACCUGAAAAAAUCGAACAAUAUGAUAAGGAUAUAGCAGGAUAUUUACAUUAUAUGAUUACUGAUGAAUCUGAAUUUCUGCUCUUUGCUAACGACCAUUACUAACU